AUGGCAGUCUCUGAAAUGAUCAAGUUCGUUCCAGGAAUUGCCAGAGUAUGUCUGGUUCUGGCAUGCAGCUUGUGUGUCUUCAACAACAAUCGCUUCCUGCAGUUUCUGAAUGAAUCAGACGAAUCUGUAGCCAGCAGCGACGCACAUCGAGCCGUCAACGUGAUUCGAACGAGACCUGGGGAAGACAAAACUGCUGUGGACCAACAAACACCACACGGUCGAGAGCUCCAAUCCAUGGAAACCAUUGGGAAACGCGAUUUUCCAGGUCUCGUAUCCUGUCAAAGAAUCACUACUACUACUACCGGUACGAAUACUCAAGGCAACUCCAACACAACCACCACAACCCGCCAAAAGUAUCAUGAUCCCUCCUGUCCGAGACAAUUCCUGGCGGAUGCCAAGAACAAUGGUACCAAGAUCUUACUGUACAAUCCGUUCCACCUGCCACGAACCGUGUGUGGUCAUGUCAUGGAUGCCAACAGUAUCACCUUACUGGUUAGUCAUGGUCCGGACAAUACCAUGACAAACUGUUUGUUGGAUUCGCAUCCCGUCUUUGGCCUAGUGCAGCAGACGAGAGUGUACCCUGUCAAUAACCCCUCCGGUGCCACCAGUUCCCAAUUACCCCCCACGACAAUUUUGGAAAAAUUACAAGGCGACAAAGACAGCAGCAAUAAUCCACCACAAGAAGAACCUCAGCCCGUUCCCGAUUGCAACAUUCCUUGUCAUGCCACUAGUCCCAAAGACGAUAAAGUCCUUCGGACGAAAACCAUUGCUGGAACCAAUUGGACCAUUGUAUUCUCCAUGGAAGGGCCGCAAUACUACCGGGCGUUGCGCAUCAACGAAACAGCACACCUCGAACAAAAGUUCUAUGCCACCACAUCCUUUCAAUCCGAGAUUCCCUUGCCCUAUUUUACUUUUGGAGACUAUCCACUACAAGCACUCGAACCCGUUCACUUUGACAAGGCUAUCAAGGGAGCCGUAUGGCUCGCCAGCAACUGUGCCAGUCACAACCAUCGCGAACUGUUCGUCAAAGAACUCAUGAAUCGACCGGCACAUGUGCGAUACAUUCGCGUCGACUCGAUGGGUCAAUGUGGACCCAACGCCAAAUGGCCCAAGGAUGCCAAAAACAAACAAGAGCUCUUGCGCAAAUACUUGUUUUAUCUAGCGUUUGAGAAUCAAAAUGAAAAUGAUUACAUUACCGAAAAACUCUGGGGAGCAUUGGCCGCGGGAGUGGUCCCCGUCUAUCUGGGAGGCGACAAUAUUCAAGAGCAUGUCCCGCCGCAUUCCAUUAUUAAUGUCAAAGAUUUCAAGACGCCAAAAGAACUGGGCCAGUAUCUGAAAAAGGUUUCCAAAAGCAAAGAGUUGUACGAAUCCUAUCACGCAUGGAGAAAACAACCUCUGCCACAGUCGUUCCUGGCGAAAUACAAUUUUACACGCACGCACAGUACCUGUCGCAUCUGCAAAUGGGCAUUUGCCAAAACGUACGGACUCGGAUGGGAUCCGGCGGCGCAGCAGAUUCGCAACGCGCGCAUUUCACGAUCCGCGUGCUUUCGGCCGUCCGGUCUUUUGAGUCGACCCUUUGUGGAAUCGUGGGGCCAGCACGGUGAUGUCGUCGAUGGCGACGAGGUGUGCAAUGACGAACAACAACAAAACACAAUCGUAUUAUCGGGAGGUACCGUUCGGCGCACUGUCCAGAGUCGCGAUGGUGUACUUGAUUUGUUCUUGGAGUCAAACUCGCGUCCAAACGAUGACACUCUCGUGAUGCAACUAGAUCUUCCGAGUACAAUGGCUGGGAAUACUAUGACCAACGAAGAACUGCUGCAACGACGAGAUAAUCAUCAGCAUUGGUUGCAAGAUGACAAGUCCCGAAUCACGAUUUUGUCAAGUCGAGUGGAUGUGACGCUCGAGGUCAAACGGCAAGGUCCGAAGGUUUCACUUCAAGUGGUCAUCCCCGACCCGUCGAUUCCGCUUCAUUUCAGAUUCAUAAUCGAGGACAUCAACAAUUUUUAUGGGACGGGAAAGACGGAACCGCAACAUUUUGCCAAAACCAUGAUUGAUGAGUGGAUGAAACCCAUUGAGCGCUUUCGUGUGCUGUGA